AUGACAACAACACCAAGAGGGUCUCAACAAGAAAAACAACAAUCGCUAAAGUCUACUGAAAAAAUAGUUAAUAUUGCUAAUACUACUACUAUAGAGUCAACUACAAAAAAUAUAUCUAAUAAAGACACUAGUUGUGAUAAUAUUACACUCGAAUCUAGACCUACUACAGGACAAAAUAAAGACGACUUGAAUUUACAGAAAAAUUAUUUUGAAUUUCCAGAUAGUUAUAUUACAGAUGGAGGGGAAAGAAAGUUUAGAAAUAAUUCAAUGACUUGCUUAUCUGUUGGAGACUGUCAGCGCCAUACGAAAAAUAAUUCUGUUGAUUAUCCUGCAACUGCUAAAAUUCUUACGAAAAGUAAUACUAGUAGUGCUAUACUGCUGAAUAAAAAGAGUUUUACAAGUAGUUUACCAAUAUACCAACCACCAUUUUACCACAAAUCCAUAAAUGCUCGUAAAAUACCGAAACACAAGGAUUGUCACAUAAUGCAAUCAAAAACUUUACAUGACAUUAUUUUAAAAAGCAAGGAUAGCACUAUCAAAGGCAAUACAAUUAUUAUUGAUGCUAGACCAUUUACUGAAUAUUCCAGAUCCAAAAUACAAAAUUCAAUACAUAUUUCGUUACCUUCUACUUUGUUGAAAAGAAAAAAUUUUAAUUUAAAAAAAUUGUUAGAAAGUUUACCUUUAAGUGAUUAUACUCGACUAAGCAAUGCAUUAUCAUUGGGUCUCAAUGCUCCCACUGCCACAAAUAUUAUUAUUUAUGAUAAUUGUGUUAACCAAUCGGAAAAAUCGGGCAUAAGUCCGGUUUGUCACUAUCUUUCUUUAAAAUUUAUAGAUUGGGCCAACGAAGAAAAAGAUGACAGUAGUGUCUCCUCUUCUAAUAUUAUUACAGACCACGAUAUUUCCAUUUUUGUGUUAAACUGCGGUUUUGACGAGUUUGCAAAAAGAUACCCAGAUUCUAUUAAAUCAAUCGUAUUCCAGAACAAUAACAACAACAACACUAAUAAUGGUAGUACGAGUACCACACCUCUUGGUAGCACCUUUCCUAUGGAUUUUUUCGAAUCAUCAAAUAAAAAUGACAUGAAUUUAAAUAAUAAUAGUAGUGAUAGCUCUGGCAGUAGCAAUAGCUGUUUUUCUGCGUUAAGUUCAACUUCCACUAAUCCAUUUUUGUCUAAUAAUUCUAGUAGCUAUAUUAGUCCAUCCCCAAGUGUUUUUCGAGAUGGAAACAUGAGUACUUUAAGCACUAUUAAUAGCAAUGAAAGUGUUUUAACACCCAGUCCUUCUCCAGUUAGCGCAUUAUUGAAAUUCCAGUUACCUCCAUUAAACUACAACAAUGGUACCUCUGCCACUAAUUAUAGUUCGCCUUCUACGCCAUUAUGCAAUUCUAUAUUUAAUAAUAAUAAUAAUAUUAUUACUGCAAAUGGUAAAAACAAUAAUGGGGAUUGCUCUAUGCACAAGAACUACACUCACACCCCCAAUUCAAAUACCUCACACACAAAGAACAAAAGUAAUACAUCGUAUCUGAAUAAUUCUCUUUUUAGGAGUCCGCAUAACGAGGAGAUUUGUGAUAUAAACACCUACAUCGAUGCAGUUAAUGCCACUGAGUUUUCGAGAUUAAAUAUAAACAGCAGUAUCAACAGUCUUAAUGAUACUAUUUCCCAUAAUAAUAUUCCCAUUUUUAGUUCUCUAUACAAUUGUAACAUUAGCUCGAAUCUAAACGCAACACAGAAUGUCAACUCUACUGCAGUGAACAACAAAACCUUAGGAGGUUCCAGCCGUAUGCUGCGACCAGAUCACACAUUGAGUACCACGCCUCCUAGUAAUGCUACUGGAGAAAAACAUGGAAUAGCAGACCUACUAAUAUUCCAAAAAAAAUAUAAUUUGGUUAAGGCACAAUACCCAGAAGCAGAAUUUAACAAAAAAGUGCCAAUUUGGUUUAGACAUUUAUUAGAAAAUACCACUAAAUUUCAAUUUAUUGAAAAAUUUCAAACGUUAGACAUCAAAGAAAAAAAUAGAUUGAAUGAAUUUUUAAAUUCGCCGCAUGGUAAUACUAAUAGUGAUUCUAUUGUUAUAUCUUCGUGUGGAUUUGAAAUGGGUACUAAAAACAGGUAUAAGGGUAUUUUGCCAUAUGAACAUACAAGAGUAAUAUUGAAUAAUCAGCAGAUUAGCACUAGUGUUGUCGAUAGGAAUAUGUGUUUUCCUUCAGAACUUGAUGGUCGCGGCAAUGGUACCAACAGUGAUGAAAAUUGUUAUAUCAAUGCGAAUUAUCUCUCUUAUAGUGCACCAGACAUGUCCAUUGCCGGUACUAGUACUGACUCCUUCAAAACAAAUGGUAGUACCAAGUAUAUUGCUACACAGGCCCCAUUGCUUGACACUAUUAGAGAUUUUUAUCUUUGUGUAUUGAAUAACAAUGUACCUGUAAUUAUAUCAUUAACUGAACAAUUUGAAAAUGGUGUUGAGAAAUGUACGAAUUUCUGGAAGGAUAAUGAAUACGACGGCUUAAAAGUUAAAAUCCUAUCCGAAGAAGCUUUGGAAAAUUAUCAUCAAUUAGAGUGUCACAAUUGUGAUAGUUCUACUAACACGAAAAGCGAUAUUAUACUUAGAAGAAUACAACUGGAAUACCAUAACAAGUUGGGCAAAUUGACUUAUUUUGAAACACUACAAAUUCAAAUGACUAAUUGGCCCGAUAUGAGCGUUCCUACCUGUUGCUGUUCGAUUUUAAGAAUAAUUAAUUUAAAAAAUAUAGUUUUAAAUAGACUAAAAAAAAAAUACCAAGAGAAAAAAGAAGGAGGGAACGAUUUCGUGAUUUUGGUUCAUUGUUCAGCCGGCUGUGGUAGAACUGGUACUGUUUGUGUUGUUGAUUCCAUCCUGUCAAAUUUGACGAUGUUGGAUAAGAUUGGAGUUUCCGCUGCUGCCACCAGUGCUACUGAUAAUAAUAAUAAUAGUACCAAUAAUAAUAAUAAUAAUAAUAAUAUUCAGGACGAAAGUAAUAUUGACAAUGGUAAUGCUUGCACGACAAGCGCACCUGAUCCGAUAUAUGAAGCGGUUGAUAUUUUUAGAAAACAGAGAGUAUCUAUAGUGCAAAAUGUUAACCAGUUUUUGUUGAUUUAUGAUUGUUUAAUAUUAUUUUUCAGUUUGAAUUUACAAAAACCUACCAACAAUACGUUAUGGAAUGAUUUGAAUUAUUUGGACGGUAAAUUACCGAUAAUAAAUGAUUUUUUUUUGGAUAAAUUUAAUGAAAAAAACACAAGUCAAUACUAUAAUUAG